UCGCUAUGGUAACGGAGUGACGUAGGAGCCAGUGACAGUGGAGAUCUUAACCGGCAUCUCUCCGAGGUCAGACUAGGGGAGUCCGGCCAAGCAGCGGCUCCUCCCAAGCAACACUCCGGUCUCUGUCAGCUUUCUCCCCGGAUUUGUAGCGAUGGCCGCCAAGUGCGCGGGACGCCUUACGGGUGUGGGGGCGCGCUCCCUGAGUGACUGGGUCGGGCUCCAGACAUUCCAGGGGCUCCGGGGCUGCCGGGCGAGGGCGCAGCGUCAUCCAAUCAGACAUCUGUCGUCCUGCGGCAUACUCAUGACAAGAGCAUCAAAGGGGAUUUUGCAAGAUGUCACCAACCCCUGUGUGCAGCAUUGCCGAGGCUUCCUUGGAUUUGGUGGGCCAUUUACCAACAAGAGGAAAGAAUACUCCGAGAGAAGAAUCAUAGGGUAUUCUAUGCAGGAGAUGUACGAAGUGGUGUCCAAUGUGGAAGAAUACAAACUGUUUGUGCCUUGGUGUAAAACAUCCACAGUCAUCUCCAAGCGUACUGGAUAUGCUAAAGCACAGCUGGAGGUUGGCUUCCCUCCUAUCCUGGAACGGUACACCUCUAUCCUCACCCUAGUGCGUCCUCAUCUAGUCAAAGCUGUUUGUACGGACGGUCGUCUUUUCAACCAUUUGGAGACCAUUUGGCGCUUUAGUCCUGGCAUCCCUGGCUAUCCUCGUACCUGCACUGUAGACUUCUCGAUAUCCUUUGAGUUUCGGUCCUUGCUGCAUUCUCAGCUGGCCACUGUCUUUUUUGAUGAAGUAGUGAAGCAGAUGGUCGCAGCCUUUGAGAGACGGGCAGGGAAGACCUUCGGUCCCGAAACAUCAAUUCCCCGUGAACUGAUGUUUCAUGAAAUACACCAGACAUGAUGCCCUCACCUCAGCUGUACUGUCUAGGGAGAGACCGUGACAAUACAUCAGCGCAAGCCAACCCAAAGUUCACACAAUGAAUACGGAACAUGAGUCUCAAACUUUGUGCACUCACUGGGACUUAAGAGCUCAGAACCACAUCUAGGUUAUUUUUUUUUUUUUAACCCUAUUUAUUUAAUUUCACAUCUGAUUGUGCUGAGAAAUAUAUUGUAUAAGUUAUCAAUAGUGUCCAUUGGAGGUGGAGAGAGGCCAGUACGCUGCACCACCUGCCACCGAGUCAUUUUUAACAGUGUGUUAUCCUAUUUUUGUUUUAAGAUCUCAGAUAUGAAGAGAUGGGUGCUGCAUCCCUCUGCUCAUUUAUAGGGAAGGGACUUUUAUCUUAUCCUGUGCUAGUGGUAGCAAUGAUGAAAACUAGGCUUAUAUUCCUAAGUUACCGUGUUACAGUACGGCACCGCCGGCUCCUCACCACAUACACCUUUUGUUUGUUGUUCAUUCCUCUUGUUCACUGAUCACCUGGGUCCUCUCCGUCACACGUGACCAUUUCCAUUCAUUGUACCCAAUAACUCAUAAUACUGUAUGCAUUCUGGGGAUUUUCCUUUCCUAACGUGACAUGAUGGGAUUGCAACCAUCUUUUGGAAGACCGUAUCUGAUUUUGUGUGUCCACCAGAGAAAAGAAAACAGCAGUAGGUUUGAGAGUCACACCAGCCACCAUGCUUUGUAAGCAUACUAUUCUAUGCAAAGAAGUGUGAUUUGGAUUAGCAGGGUAACCCAGUAGAUCCUUUGUGCCAAAUGCCCAAUAGCGCUCUAUUAUAAGGUAUAUAUUUCUAAAUGGGAUUGGUGAAGAGAAGAGCGAGCGAAUACAGAAUGGAUAGUGCCACAACUACUGCCAUUGUCUUUAAAGGCCCUAAUACAAUAUACAUACAUGGCAUAACGUUUUGCUUUGAUCCAAUGAAAGGUUAGUGAUGGUUGAGUGUAUGUAAAUGUUCAUGCAAAGUUCCAUGUGGGGAAAAAGUGAAGAACAUUGAAGUUGACUCUUGGGUCUCCAAAAGCACAAAAAGAUGGAAAUCUGAUCCUAGUGCAAGAGUUUACAAAAAAAAGUGCAAUACUGCCCACCUACCACAUUGCUGCUGUACGAACCAGGAGCAUGUAAUGAAAAAACCUACAGAAAAAAGUGCUGUGUAUCAGAGAUUUUAUUGAACCACUUUUAUUUUUAUUUUUUAUUUUUUUGCUGUUUUGUUGACAGGCGUCUGACUCCUUGCUGGAAUCCAUUUUCAUUUUGUUAUAAUUCUCUGUUGCCUUUUACUGGGUGCAAAAAAACAGGGACCAUGUGUAUUGGUUAUUGCUUAACGUACUGGGACCUCAGGAAUAGAAAGCAGAGCCUUCUCUGUGUGAAACAUGCUGUCUUCAACUCCCACCUAUGUGCCGUGUUCUUAUUGUCGUUCAGUACAACCUAUAUUACUACUUACUGGUAAUAUUGACUGACAAACAUAACAAAAUAUAAAUAUAUAUAUUGGAAAGGUGCAAUCUUAUGCUAUAGAUAGGUCAUGAUGUAAUAGAUCUUACCAGUCCCUAAAUAGCUUGACAUUUUACACAACUGCAUAAGCCUUUCCCCACACCAUAAACUCUCCUACAAACUGUACCUUGUAGCAAUUCCUAUUCAAGUGCCCAUGAUGGGAUAGCAGAGUACAAGCUGUAACUAUAUUCAGGGUGCUGUUUGCUGUUAUAUCUGAAGUAGAGAUGAGGGAAAUUACAGUGACUCGAUUCGUCACGAACUUCUCGGCUCGGCAGUUGCUGACUUUAGACUGUAUAAAUGAGUUCAGCUUUCAGGUGCUCCGGUGGGCUGGAGACUCUCUCCUAGGAAUGUAUCCACCUUUUCCAGCCACCGGAGCACCUGAAAGCUGAACUCAUUUAUGCAGGAUAAAGUCAUCAACUGCCGAGCCGAGAAGUUUGUGAUUAAUCGAAUCACUGAAAGUUCACUUAUCUCUAAUCCUAAGAAGUCUUGUUUAGUUCUUCAGGAGUAGAAGUCAUUACAGCCGGACUUCUUGAGGACUGAAUUUUUCCCCCUGGGAUGUCAGUAGCAGUUGUAUGUGUUGCUGACUCUUGCAGUAGUUGGCAGUAAAUAUACCUGUAUGAUGUCA